CGGGCCCUGGUGCAUUCGGCAAGAUCUGCAUGGCGCCUGGUCGCGCCUUCCGCUCGGAUAGCGUGGAACACCGGCAAUUUGUCGCAAUUUACGGAGGCGGCCACCACCAUGAAAUGUAUGGGCCUUGCUUGGCCUUGGAUACACGAAAACGUCGAGGGGACCACCAACUUCCCUUUCUGCGCGUGAUCGCCUUGCCAUCACAAUCAUCUCCAUCGUCGCCCAUCCCUCCUUGCCUGUCGUUGAAACGUUCAUUGUCAAUGCGCGCCUCUUGAUUGACUUUUUUGGAACAUUGUCGCACGCGACGCGGCCCGCUGCCCCCCCAGUCGACCGUCAUCACCUCCUCGAAUUCGACAACACUCUGGGACAGCAACAUUAUCCAUCAUGGGUUGGUUCACCGACCUCACGGGGCUCAUUGCUCCCAUGUUCAUCAUUGCCUCGCCCAUUCUGUCCUACUCGGACCAGGCCAUCUCGAUGCACCGCAACAAGACCUCGGCCGGCUUCUCUCUCGACAUCCCGCUCAUCAUGCUCGUCGCCUCCUUUCUGCGCAUCUUCUACUGGCCCGGCGCCCGCUUCGACGCCUCCCUGCUCGUGCAGUCGCUCAUCAUGGUCGGCAUGCAGUUCAUCCUGCUCAAGAUUGCCCUCGACCACCGACCGAGUCCGUCGUCCAAGGGGGGUGAGAUGCCGUUCGCGGGCGAGGCGGACGGCUGGUUGGGCGGCGCGCGCCCCUACUCCUUUUGGCAGUGGCGGAGCCCCAAGCCGUACUGGCAGUUCCUGGUCUACCUCUUCGCCGGCCUGGUCGCGUGCGAGGUCGUCCUCUCCUUCCUGCCGCCCGUGUACGCGCUCUACUCGUCCCUGAUCGGCAUCGCGGGCCUCUCCAUCGAGGCGACGCUGCCCAUCCCCCAGAUCCUCGCCAACCACAGCUCGCGCUCCUGCAAGGGCUUCCGGCUCUCGGUGCUGGCCAGCUGGCUGGGCGGCGACGCGAUGAAGAUGUUCUGGUUCUUCACCGCGACCACCGAGAUCCCCUGGGCGUUCAAGAUCUGCGGCAUGUUCCAGGCCGCCUGCGACGCCUACCUGGGCGUCCAGUACUGGAUGUACGGCGAGGGUCCCCCGAACCCGCUGAGCAACGGGACCGGCGCCAUCAAGGAGCACCCCCUGGACGACAUGAGCUUCCCCGCGGGGAGCCCCUACAAUGUGGGCAAGCAGCCCAGCGGCAGGGAGCACAGCAGGAGUCUGACCCCCACGAGGAGGCCGGCGCCCUUUCACGUCGCGACUGCUGAGUAGGAUGGCAGCAGGGUUGACGUUGCAGAUAUGAUAGAAUCUUGAAUAGAGCGCAUGGCGUACUGGUCAUUGGACUCUUGGUACUCCGUAGAUGGGAAUACGAUGGGAUACGGUAGGAGUCGGGGUCAGUCAUAUAUACAUGGAUAAAGUACGCAUCACAUAGAAAGAGUUUCCACCGAUAAACACAAGGGGAUCUCAAAUACACCAACUUAAUCAUUUGC